UAGGGAACCUACGCUCAACUUACCCUUGCAGUUGUUGAUAUUGAAAAUAGCAAAAAUACCUAACCAGGAUAGCAAAUAGCUGUCUUCGGAAACCUGGCCCUACAUGUUGCUCUAUAUAUAGGGCAAUAUAUUUUCUCUAGUUAUCAAGAUUAAACUCAGUUGAUUGCGGUAAACGGAAUGAAUGUGCUUUCAUAAAUGCACUCUAUUAAGAAAAAAAACGUGAACAAUUACAGUUUAUAUCUCUUCAUUGAUGAUAAAAUUGUCCUUGGAAAGAAAAAUUAAAAAUUCCUCACUUUUUGUUUAAAGCGUAUCAGGAUUUAUUGCGUAAUUUUAUAAGUUACAAAUGGAAUAUUCUUUUAGGUCAUUAAAAGAUUAAAACGAAUCGAAUUGGCUUUUUAUGAGUGCUGGUAAAUAUAACUCCAUAUUUAUAAGGGAACUGGGAAUGGGGCUCUCAAGGCUGGGGGAGUUGAUACCCAUGCUUUGUUUGUUGUGUAGAUCCAAUGUCAUCACAUUUGCGUGUCAAUCCUCGCUGUAGAUGACAAGAAGGCGGUACUUCUGCACUUAAACCAAACAGAUGAAUUAGUUUUUGAGAGAUAGACUCCUUUUGAAGUGCUGCCGUGUGUGGUCCGGUUUCAAUAAUCUAUGCGCUUCGUAGCAACCUCGUAUUUGUGUGAACUUGUGUGAUUAUUACGGUCGCGUGGAUCAGUAAUCGAACAGUUCCGAACUGGGGCCAAACGAGCACAUUGCGACACAGCAGAAUUUUGCAGCGUUGUCCUGCAACGUCACUUCGUAUAAUCCCUAUUGGUAACCACCAAUCUGAAGGCAAGCCAAAUAAAAAACGUUCAAUAGAUAAGAAAAAGUUUUUGUCAACUGAGAAGAGGAGAUGGCUUUUAAAGCAAUUUUUAUCAUGGCAGUUCUUCUCCCGGAGCUCUAUGCCGAUAGCACUGCAAAGCUUGGCCUGUCUGCCAGCACAAGUUGGAAGUUGCGUCCUUCACAAAGAAAAAACAAGAUACUCUCAAAGGACAUUGCUGUUCCUUCAAAAGGUUCACAUUCCCUACGUCUUUUGGUGACACCUAAAGUAAAAAUCAUCAAGCCAAACAACUUGAUCACCUUGCAUUGUAAAGUGAAAGGCAAGAAGAUUCCAUCUUUUGGAUUACGGAUGCUCAUGUUUUGGUGGGAGAAAGAUGGUCAGCCGUUGCUUGCCAGUUCGAGGCGAUUUUAUAAGACGAGACUAAGAAGUGAGAAGCUGAGAAUUACAGGAGCAAAGGCCAUCGAUUCUGGGACGUAUAGAUGCAUGGCAAAGGUAAAUGGUAGAAAGCACAUUUCUAAGACUGUAGAAGUUCGUGUCUCUGAUACAGCUGAUAACGAGAAUGGUUUCCAAGAACGAUCAAGUCAGAUUUUUCAAGAAAGAUGCGAAAAGUAUAGAGGGUCGAUCUGCCUUCAACACGCGAAUACAAAGAGCGGAAUAUACAUGCGAGCAAACGAAGAUCAGGAUGAGAUAGAAAAGAGAUUAUCAGAAAAUAUGGGUCAUAUUGGAAGACUUUUGUCACCCGGUUGCUAUCCUGAUGCAUUGCGAGUUGCAUGUAUUACUUUGUUUCCGCCUUGCCGUCCUGUCAAUGGAUCUGCUGUUCCACUCAAGAUGUGCAGGGAGAGCUGUCUCAAAUUGCCAAAAAGCCACUGUGCUAAAAGUUUCGAACUUCUACCUCAGCUCAAAAUAAUUCAGUCUAUUGAAGAUUGUUCGUCGUUGCCGGAAACAGACGCAAAUGGACCGUGUGCAAAAAUUUUCAGACCUGGAUACAUCUUCAAAGAUAUAGAGUGCAAGAGAAGCUUUCGUCUGAAAGAUUCAAGAUUCGCCACCGUAGAAAACGACCUGGAAUACACAUCCGGUCCUCUCCUUUCAUGUGAAAAUGCACAUUGGAAGCCGUUAAGCAAAAGGGCACAGGUAAUGCUACGUAUGAUUUUGCCUUCAAUCACGAUAGAUUCAAAGGGUGAAUUUUCAAAGUCCACAAAUAACUAUUACUGCUUCAGAAUGCCACUUCCAAUGUCAAUGCUUGUUGGAAGUAAAGAGGAAUAUUCUAAGGUAGUUCUGCUUCCCGGACUCCAAGGGAUAGCCUAUGACCGGAAAAUUUUUGGUUUUUCUUUGAAACUUGACCAGGUUGGGAAUAUAAAGCAGUUGACCGUUCCAGUUGGUUAUUUAAGGGAAUACGGUAUAGAUAAGAUGGUUACAAUCCCAAAUGUAACGAUAUACUUGCGCAAGAACAGGUCGACGGCGGAUUUUUUUGGCGAAGGCUUGUUCAAUUUGUGUGGUACAACAUUCAAUAUCCGAAUCGAGCAAACAAAACCGGACGAAACUCUGUUGACUGGGAGAAGCCCGCACCCUGUCGAUUUGAGUACUGUGGAGCUGGCUUUUGGGUUGCGUCAGCCGACAAAAGAUCUUAGGUAUGUUAUGCAGAGCUUAAGGAUAUUGAAACUUCGACUUGUCAACCCAAAGCUGAGUAUUGUUUGGAAGGACAACGAAAGCAGGACAAUGAGGUUUUCAGGACAAGCAUUUAACAGUGGCUGGGGCUCUGAUAAAGUUGAUGUGGAGCUGCUCCUAGGUAGGGACCAGUCGUUUUGGGUGACAGCAAUAACAACAGCAAAACAAAGCUUCAAGGAGAUCUUCAGCAUCUUAGCUAACAGGAAGUAUGUACGACUUGCAAAGUUACUGGACAUGGCUCUCGAUGUUGAUAAGGUUGGCUUCGUUUUAGCAACUACGGGCGUCGAAGUUCCAAAGCACCCUUCUUUGAAUUUUCAGCACGAGCCAGUCAAAUCUAUGACUUACAAAUCUAUACCUAAUGGCCUGACUCUAGAAGCUCAUGCUAAUGUCAAAGAUAAUUGCAAGAGAAACGAUAACCGUUCCUUCAUUUGCCAAUUGGUGCAAUUUUCUGCUGGUUUAAAGGCGUCAACCAAUAUCAGAAUUCACAGCAAUUUGAAAGGAAUGCUGAUUGAAUUGAAAUUUCACUCUAAUGGACGCCUCCCGGAAUUCUCACCAGAAAUUUUGAGCAAGCUUCGGCAUACUUGGAAGAAGGUUAACCCAUUCGCACACGUACCUGAAAGCAACGUAGAAAUUAGCGAAAACCCGGAAAAUGACUGGAAAUUUCACCCCCGAUUCAAUGGAGCAAUUUGGCUGAAGAAACUCGAGAUACAAGUUGACGCCUUAGAACUUUUCGACUUGAAGAUAGUCCACGUAUUAGGUGACGUCAUUUAUUUCAACAAGAGAUAUAAAUAUAAAAUAAAUAACAUCAGUUUGAGUGACUGGUUGGAAAUGUUGGAUAACAUAACUGAGAUUUUAAAGCGCAGCAAAGACAGAAGAUGAACUGUCAGGUCGUGUCUUUUGCUGUCCACCACUGAAGAUUCCUCCACCUCGGUAAUGCUGCCCUCAGAUGCCGUACGAUGCGCCACCAUACCUUGAAAAGCUGCUACAAUCCAUGGAUCAGAUAUCUAUCCUCAACUUGUUGUGUUUAAUAGAGAAUCUAUAUCCACCAAAAUGGAAGUGCAGGUGAUAAUUUUCCAUUCUGAAUGUUGUAUUCGCUGCAUAUUUGCAAGGAACAGUGAGCCGAUAGCUGCUUUAACUCUUUAUUUCCCGGAAAUUAUUUUAAUAAACUGUAAAUUAUUGAUGUAGAGAUACCAAAAAUGAUUUUUUUUCAUUUUUUAUACAAUUUUUGAUUACUAAAAUUUAAUGGGCAUCAUUUGCGUACAUUUGUACACUUGUAAAUUUUCGUUAACUUAAAUGUUUCAUUUUCAUCAGAGGAUCAUAUCAUUUCUAACAUGAAAACUUGUACAUGAAAACAACAAAAUAAAAAUCAAAGGUGUCCUAAAUAGAUAUAGAAAUACGUUAAACAGUUAUUUUCUGCCCCUUUAGAAAAGGAAAUUCUAGCACAGCAAGCAGAACAUUACAUUCAGUUUCAAUUGCAGUUUUGUUAACGGGGACAGCUUUGUCUCAAAAAGGCUUCGUAUCUUUCUUUGUGAAGGCAACAAUGAAUUUGCUGCGUAGCUCAAAAAAGUCUUUAAUGGUUAUUUGAGACUCUAACGCAGUUAAUGGUAAGCCCCCCAAAAGCAAUAGGUCCAAUCUGAAAAAGCUUGCAUUAGGUCCAAUUUGAAAAGGCUUCCUUUUGUAAAAUAUCCUCAGUACAGCCUCAAGUUAGAAAACUUUUAGUCACAUCAAGAAAAUUCCCUAUCUUUUAAUAUUCUUUCACAGCUUGCAGAUAAUCAUUUGCAUAAAAACUGCAUGUGCACUUAUUGGUAACGUUAUUUUAUGUAUAAAGAUAUUAUUUAAGAAAAAUUUUAUCACAAAAGUUUCGAUAGCUUGUCAAUGUUUGUAAAA